AUGAAAACCAUUAAAAAUACUAAAUCCAAAUAUGUAAAAAAAUUAAAUUUGAAGGACAAAAUUAAAAAAACAAAACCUGUAUCUAAAAAAACAUCUAAUAAAAAAACAAUAAGGCUUAGUCAUAAAGAUCAUUAUAUCACAAUUGAAGCUGCACUUAAAGAACUUGCAGGCCCCAUGAAUCCUAGUAUAAAUUUAACUGCCUCAAGCUUUGGAAUUUCAGAGACAACACUUAGGCAUGCUGUUGAAAAAGGUUUACCCAAAUGUUUUGACCCUGGGACAGUUCUAAGUAAACAUGAAGAAGAACAAUUAGUAGGUUACUGCAAAAAUAUGCAGAAGUUGGAAUUUGGCUUAAUGAAAUCAGGUAUGAAUCAUUGUAUGAUGGAGAUAGACCAUCCAGACUUGUUUUUUCAAAUGCCUCAGGUUUUAACAGAAGCACAUGCCCAAAGAGCAAAUCCAACAAUAAUAAAAGAUCAUUUUGAUAAAUUAGGAAAGAUAAUUGAAGAAUAUUCACUUACCCCAGACUGCAUAUGGAAUAUAGAUGAGACUGGCUUCAUUAUUACUCCCAAAGUCCAAAAAGUUCUCAUGACAAAAGAACGAGUUGAUCUUUUAUCCUUAUCUUAUCCUCAUUCUUCUCAACCAAGUUUUUCAUUUUCAUCUUAUUCUAAUCAACAAAAUUCUUCAUCUACAUCUUCUUCUCUUCAACCAAAUUUUGUUAUAUCUCUUUUAAUAACUCAUAAGUAUGCUACUCGAUGUAAAACAGAAUCAUUAAAAGCAAAUUUUAUAUCUCUUGAAAAAAAGAUUGAGAUUUUAAAAAAAGAAAAUGAAUUAUUGAAACAAAAGUAUAAGUUAAUAAGUGAAGAACUAGAGACUUUUAAAACCUCCAAUACCUGCUCAUUAAAAAUAGCAUUUAAAAAAAUAUUUCUAUUUGUCAAACUUCUUAUCAAUGAAGAUUUUUUGCAGAAGUUGAAAGAACCAGAAGAAUUAACUAGAAUGAAAGUUAAAAAUGUGAAAAGAAAAAAAGAAGCUGAUGCCCAAAAGUGGGAAGAUGUGAAUUAG